AUGCCUCCAGUCGUAUUCAUAUCAACUCCAGAAGAGCUCUCUCUCAUACUAGCAACGUUCGACGACCUGCCAGUAUCCCCACCAAGUCUGUACAUCGAUCUGGAAGGCGCGAAGCUCAGCAGGAAUGGUUCGAUCGCUCUAUUAACCUUGUAUGUACUACCCAAGGAGACUGUGUAUCUCAUCGACAUCCAUACCCUGGGCGCUCGCGCAUUCUCAACGCCUGCCACUGCAGCAACAUCAAGCGUGACUGCGGCGCUUAAUACUGUGCCGAGCACAACAAACCUCAGUGAAGACACCGGAAAGUCUACCAUAACUCUGAAGUCUAUCUUGGAAUCGACAGCAAUCCCCAAAGUCUUCUUCGAUGUACGCAACGACUCCGACGCCCUCUUCUCCCACUACGCCAUCUCCCUCUCCUGCAUCCACGACAUCCAACUCAUGGAGCUAGCAACUACUACCCGCGGCUCCCGUGAACACCUCCUGGGCUUGGGCAAAGCCAUCGACUACAAUGCCUCACGCCUGAAUAUAACGCCGAUGCAGAGGCAAGUCUGUAGCGCCAUUAAAGAGGCUGGUGUCAGGCUCUUCGCUCCCGAGCGAGGUGGCAGAUAUGCGGUCUUUGAAGAGAGACCGUUGAGCCAAGCAAUCAAGGAUUACUGUGUGCAAGAUGUGGUGCAUAUGCCUGGACUAUGGAAGCUGUAUGGUAGUAGAAUGGCAGAAGGGGGCUUUUGGUGGACCAUGGCUUUGGAGGGUGCAGCAAGUAGGGUGGAUGAGAGUCAUCAGGCGGGAUAUCAGCCACAUGGGGACCACAAGAGGUACGGGCCCUGGACUGAUGGGCAGAUGAAAGAGGCGACGCGGCGCUGGAAUGCUGGGCAGCGGAGCAAUCUGUGUGGAUAA